GUUGUUUCUCACUCUCCUUUGUUUCUUCUUUUUUCUCCAUGGAUCUCUUCUGAUUCCCCCCGUUUUAGUGCUUCUACCAUGGGGUGUUUCCUUGGUUGUUUUGGGGUUUCUACUAAAAGAAAACGUCGAAAACCAGCCAACCGGAUUCUCCCUGGACCUGCAGAUUCAAGAUUCGUUAGCUAUGAACCCUUGGAUUCCUCUAGUUCCACAAAUGUUGACAUCCCAGAAGACUCCCUUGUCUCAAAAUCUCAGCUAAGUAAUAAGCCGAAGGAGAGAUCGAGUGUUAAAAUCAGGAAGAAAGUGAGCUUUAACUUGAAUGUUCAAACCUAUGAGCCGAUUCCGGAUGAAGAAUCAAGUACGUUCCAGUUUUUAAAGAGUGUUGAAGAAGAAGAAGAAGAAGAAGAAGAAGAAGAAGAAGAGAAGGAAAAGAAUGGAGGAGAAGAUGGUGUCUCAAGUUCAUUGCAGAUGAAUGUUUAUCCAAGAAACUAUAGAUACCAAAACUGUAGAGACAGCUAUGAUGAAGAAGAUGAAAUGGUGUAUGAGGAAAGUGAUCUAGAAGAUGAUGAUUAUGAUUAUGAUGACGAUGAUGAUCAAUUUGAAUCUCUAAACAUGGAUUCAACAAAGGGAGACGACUUGAAGAAUCAAAUGUCAGUAUGUGAUUCAACAGAUGGAAAUGCAAGGAUGAGAAGCCAAUAUCUAUGUGCCGUGCUGAAUCCGGUGGAAAACACAACUCAGUGGAAAGACAUCAAAGCUAGAGCAGGCGUGAACCCGAAGCAGAAGGAGAAUGUUGCAGUAGAGGAAGAAUCACAAUCACAAUCAAAGCCCCUUCUGCAAGACAUAGCAGUGGAUGCUAGCCUCUCCAAUUGGUUGAUUUCACCGAAGAUUGAUAACCUGCAGCAAUCGAAGAAAAGCAUACCAGAUAACAGGUCAUUCUCCAGGAGAACUGGAGAAGAUAAGGUGAUCAUAGAUAUCACUAACCUAUAGUUUUCAAGAGUGUAUUGUUUGUUUGUUUGUUUGUUGUUUUUGCAUGUCAGUUUUUGAUUCUUUGAUUCAUUUUAUAAUGCAUAAGAUUUCAUAAUUCUGGUUGUAACACCCUCGCCCAAUUUAGACGUAUGGUUGGA